AUGUCGCCGUCAUCCUCCGUGCUCGAACCCGAGGACGGCGAACCGUUCGCGCGCGUCCAUCGAGCGCACUACCGCGGUUUCGUCGUGGACGCGCCCUCGGUGCUUCCCGCGUCGCUUCACGACGACGUCGAACGCGCGUUCGACGACAUGCGCAGCCGAGGCGAAUUCACGCACGACGUCGUUUCCGCCGGAAAUAAAGUGUCCACGACGUACGUGCGGCGCUGCCUGCUCGGUGAGGACGGAAUGACGUAUCAUUAUCAGAAGUUACGCCUGUUUGCGCAACCGUGGCGCGGACGGGAGGCGUACGAAGUGGUGAGACGGUUGAACGAGACGCUGACGAGGAGCGCGCGAGAGCGAUGCGAAAAGCUCGGCGGAGCGUUCGCGGAGAGUGAGUGCGAAUACAACGUGACGCUGAUUAAUUACAUGGAAACAGAGGGUGAGAGCGAAAUAGAGCUACGGAAUGAGGAGAAGUUCGAUCUCGGGACGACGUCGGUGAGUUGGCACAGCGAUUCGUCGUUGCGAGAAAACUCCACCGUGGCGGUGUAUCACACAUACGAGGCGCCAGAGAGAAAAGACUGGCGAGUGGCGCUGAGGGCGUUGAACGCGGAGUGCGAGGUGCUUUGCGUGCCUUUGGAGGAUAAAGCGACGUAUUACAUGUGUGGUGAGUUCAACGCCACUCACCAUCACGCCGUGCUCACCGGCUCGAGUGCGAGAUAUUCUUCGACACAUCGAGUCGCCGUGGUGGCCAAGGAUACGUUCCAGUACAUCAAAAGGCGGUGUAUCGAUGCGCUCGCAAUUGUACCAGACUUAGAGCGCGAGAAUAAACCUUUGGAUGCGAAACAGAUACAGUUCUUAGCCGACGUCCAUCGCGAGGUUGAAUUUCAAUGGAUUAGAAUGUUUCACCUGCAAGGCGAAGCACACGCGGCGUGGCACGAUACGUAUUGGACGAGAAAAAUCGCCGAGCUCACCGAGGCGUGGGAUCGCAUGGAGGCUUGCUUUCGAGUGAUUUUGUCCAAGCUCAAGCGUUCAUCUCGCUCGCCCGAGUCGCCGCCUCGAGCGUACGCGAUGCUGCUUUACGCGCUGAAAACCGUCAAGGAGUUGCGAGACGAGUACACGAAGCGAACCAAGGCGUCGGCGUACGCGUCGCUACCGCCGUCGCAACGUCCAGUUGAUCUGCCCGCGUACGACAAUACUUCUCCCCUUCCGUUCGAGCUCAAACCCGUGAUUUACUUUCUCGAGGAGGAGCAAAACAAAGUGUGA